AUGGCGAUGAAUACUACCGCAAAUAAUACGGUAUCCCCCUCAACGUCAAACAACUCUGCACGCUACAAUUUGAGUAACGGUGCCACAAGUAUAAUUAGAAGAAGGUUACAUUUUAUAGACGAAGCGGCUUGGAAAAAGUUCACCACCAGACGGCUUCAGCUAGUGGAGAGCCUUUCACUUUCUUCAAAAAAGGCCAGUGAGCAGGACGACCAGAUAAGCCUAUGUGCCCUCACCUUGAUGUCUGAGUUUGCAUUUCCGGAGGACACACUUCCUGAGUUUGACAAACUUGUUCGGCUGGCCAUACAAAGCGUUCGUCGAAAUAAGAAACGGAGCGAGAAACGGCUGGCAAGUAAGCUUCAGCAGGAAGAACAAAGACGCAAAAAGCACAAAAUUGACGAGCAUAACGAGGGUUCAAAGUUUUUGGCUACGAUACUUUAUGAAGAAAACGGCGAUUCGAAGCAGCUGCAAAGGCCAACGAUGCCGCAGCCUUUCAUCAAGCGGUCACCUUCGUUUAGAUAUAUUGGGUCAGGUCAUAGUUCUCCGAAUGGUGCCGUCACCAGCCAGCUUAAUUCUAUGACUGCCAAUUCUCCAGUGAUGCAGGAAGAGUCGGGAAUAUCUAGAUUGGCCAUAACGUCACUUGUUGCUCCCGUGAUUCAAGAUCAGGCACGGCUUCCUUCCAUACGCAAGCUCAAUCUCAACCCGGAGUUUACAGAUGCUGCCAAGAAGAUUCUUAACCAGAUCAAAAGAUCCAAAACCUGCUAUGAGUUCUCUUGUGUGGUAGGACCUCACAACACAGGAGUUAAUAAAAGCUACGAUCUACUAGACGAAGUGGGUUCUAGUUGCAUAACCUCGGCAGUCUUGUUCACGUUAGAAAAGUGGUUUGAUCACCUCAUUUUAGAUUCUUCCUCCUAUAUCAAACUACGAUUGAAAAGCGACAUGACCCUCAGCGUUAUUAUCAAGAAUCUUGACCCCAACUCCGUCGAGGUCAACCGUCUCUCUGACUACGUGGCAUCUCAACUAUUUAAGAAGCUAAUAGGUGGUUGUGUCAAGGAUUUUGGCUUUAAUUCCGUACUUUAUCCUCUCUGCGAUAUAUUCAGAGGAGUGGUCUUGAAGGAUUACCCGUUGGUAUCCAAGGAGUCCAAAAUUCAACAGUGGAUGUUGGAGCAACAGAAUGCAAAUGCCCAUUCCACAACUUCUGCCGCUAUGCCUCCCUUCACGGACCUGUCAACAGCAGCUUCCAAAAGCCUUUUCUAUUCAUCAUCGAUUCCAACGUUAGCGCCAACCCCAUCCCCAUCCGCAGCACCCUCAUCCGCAUUGGCACCAGCAUCCGGAUUGCCCUUUAUCCUUAAUACACCGAGCCGUCGAAUCAGCUUACCGCCGCUUGGAAACCAGCUCACUUCCGUUAUUAUUAAAUUCAAUCAUCAAGAGCUGAAGUUUUUCUAUUCUUCUCAAACGAAUGCUCCACCAACGUUGCUGGAGCUUGUAUCCAAUUCAAAAUCAGCCUUCGGCGUUAUAGACCAUGCCAGAAUUCUCAAGAUUAGAAAUAACGGCACAGGAAGAAUUAUCAACAAUGAUUUCGAGCUAGAGAAGUUAUUCCGCAUCACUAGGGACCGUAUAGAUUUAGAACUUGUGUUUAGCACUCGUCAUGACUACCUAAAUUUAAAUUACGAGAAGGAGAAGCCAGAAGACCAUAUGAAUGGCAUAACUUCUCCUACUCUUUCCAAGCUAACUCCGAGCAUUUCAUCGAAAUCUACUCUAAUGAAUUUUCAGCGGCUCCUUUAA